GCGUGGCCAACAGAGAACACUGUGAUACGUGCGGAGGGAAGCCUUCGCCGUGGUGGACGGAACAAGAACAGAAGCCCUGUGCCAGGCACGUUCCCGGACCUUGAGGAUACCGCGGAGAACUAGGAGGCAUCCACUCUUGUUUUGGUCUCAGAGGAAGGGUGAACUCCUGCUCCUGGAGCCCUGACUAUUUAAGUGCAAACCAAUACCGAGAGACGGAAGAAGACCGAGGUGACUGGAUUUGCUGUCACAGUCUGUCAAGAUUGAGGGAUUAGAGCAACAGAAACCAUGGAGGACGAACUCAUGUUCAGCAUGGAGGAGGAUGGCAGCGCCAAGAGACCCUCUGCCCAGCGGAGUGCCCUCAAACACAGAGCAUCCUCUCUCAGCGAGUCCAACGCCAGCGAGGAUGACGACGAAGACCACUUCAUCUGCCCCAUCCUGGACGAUUCGGCCAAAGAAGUGUGCAGCCACCUUAAAAACCUGGUUUACGCACGGCAGCUGUCAAACUCGCUCCCUAAAUCCAACUUCAUGUACAGGAACGAAAAAGAAACAGAUACAGUGGCAGAACAUCGAUCGUACAAGGUUUUGUCUGAGAGUGCACGGGCAACAUGGCUGCACGCUAUCGAAAAGGCGAAAGCGAUGCCCGACCCCUGGGCGCAGUUUCACCUGGAGGAGAUAGCGACUGAACCCUGCAUUCGUUACAGGUACAAUGCCGUUACAGGGGAAUGGGUUCAAGACCAGAUCCACAUGAAGAUGGGUACACAGCCUUUUGGGAAAGGGGCCAUGAGGGAGUGCUUCAGAGCGAAGAAGUUGUCGAAUUUCUCACACAGCAGCAACUGGAAGUCGGCGUCCAACUAUGUGGCCAAGCGUUACAUGGAGACGGUGGAUAGAAAUGUUUACUUUGAGGACGUCAGGCUGCAGAUGGAGGCCAAACUUUGGGGCGAGGAGUACAAUCGCCACCGACCUCCCAAACAGGUGGACAUCAUGCAGAUGUGUGUGGUGGAGAUGACAAACCGACCCAGUAAACCUCUCUUCCACCUGGAGCAUUACAUCGAGGGCAAGUACAUCAAAUACAACUCCAAUUCCGGCUUUGUGAGGGACGACAACAUCCGCCUCACUCCACAGGCCUUCAGUCACUUCAGCUUUGAGCGGUCGGGCCACCAGCUGAUCGUGGUGGACAUCCAGGGAGUCGGCGAUCUCUACACCGACCCUCAGAUCCACACAGCGAAGGGGACCGACUUUGGAGACGGAAAUCUAGGUGUGCGAGGCAUGGCCCUGUUCUUCCACUCGCAUCUGUGUAACAAGAUCUGCAAAAGCAUGGGCCUGACGCCUUUCGACCUUUCCCCUGCGGAGAUGUCCCAGCUGGACGGCACCAACAAACUGCUCAAGUCAGCCCAGACUGUGCUGAGAGGCUCAGAGGAGCACUGCGGUUCUCCUCGUGUUCGCACUAUGUCGGCCAGCCGGGCUCCUCCACUCCUAUCCCGCCUGUCUGAGACCUCGUCUGCAGAUGAGAGCAUGAGCGACAUGGAAUCGAUCCCCUGCUCCCCUCUUAUCCUUCCCUGCUCCCCCCCAACUGCAGCUGGCUCUGUAGGCUCGUCUUUUACCGGAAUGUAUGAACACGACAGAAUGAGCAACACAAGCGAACACAGGGAAUCAGAAAACGGCGGGGACAGCGGCUACCCGAGCGAGAGGAGGAGUGAAGGAGACCCAAAUGACCACAUAGACGGGAUCCAUCAUCGCUACAACAGACAAUAUUCAGAGUCGGAUGAGGAAAGUAUCAGACGGUUGACCGAGGAGAAGUGGACCUUCUAUCACUCAUCCCGCGCUCACGUCCACCGACCUUCCUGUGUGGCCACCGAGGUGGAACGACUCAACAAUCUGCUGCAGAAGAAGAUCGGCCAGUCGAUUCUUGGAAAAGUCCACCUGGCUAUGGUGCGGUACCACGAAGCGGGUCGUUUCUGCGAGAAGGACGAACAAUGGGACCAGGAGUCGGCCAUGUACCACCUGGAGAGAGCUGCCAUGUGUGGGGAACUGGAGGCCAUCGUAGCUUUGGGACAGUGCUGUCUGCAGCUACCUCAUCAUAUACUGCCAGACAUGGAGCUGGAGGAUAAUGCAGGAAACAGGAUGAGAGGUUUCAAGUAUCUGCUGCAGGCUGCUGAGGCUGGCGACAGAUCUUCUAUGAUCAUAGUGGCCAGAGCCUUUGAUACUGGAGUCGGUCUGUCUGCUGACAGAAAGCAGGACUGGGCCGAGGCGGUUCACUGGUACAACAGUGCGCUGAACAUGAUGGACUAUGACGAAGGAGGAGAGUUCGAUGGGACCCAGGACGAGCCUCGCCACCUUCUGCUGGCCAGAGAGGCAGAGAUGUACCAGGAGGGAGGCCACAACCUCGCCGCAGACCCACAGAGAGCAGGUGACCUUUUUACUGAAGCUGCAGAAGCUGCCAUGGCGGCCAUGAAGGGUCGACUGGCUAACCAGUACUACAUGAAAGCCGAAGAAGCCUGGGCACAAAUGGAGGAGUAACUCCACGACAUAAAUGAAAUUAAUUUUAACCUCCAAAAAGGCCACGAGACUUGAUGUGUGGCUGUUUUUCUUUCUUUUUUUGUCUUUGUUUUUUACACAUUCUGAUAAAACCUGAAUGACUUCAGUUUACAUUACUGUUUUUAUGACAGAUUUUUUUGGUGUUGGUGGUUUGUUUGUGUGCGCGUUUGGUGUGUGUUGAGCCAUUCAGCAUCAGACUUUUAUCUUCAGAAUUCUUUCUGUAUGGUUGUAAAGCUAGAUUUCCUGGCUCCUCAUUUCUUUCAUUUCAUGUCUAUAUUAACCUUUAGAGUUAAGUUAAUGUGAUUCUAUGAAUGAAAAGGUCUGACCUAUCAAAAAAAAAGAUUGUUUACUUAUUUUGACCCAGAUGUUAACAUGUUUAUGUUUAAGAGAAUAUAUGUGAUAAAGAAAAGUGCUUGGAAUAUGAAACUGUAAAAUAAAAGUUU